GCAUUGUUCUGUAUUGGCGCUUGUGAUGGCGGCUGAAUAAAGCAGAAAAUGUUUUGAAACCUGUGACAACAAUCGCAAAAAACGCAAUAAAAGAGGAUUUUCGCAAUACAAUAUUGUGUUAGUGGUUUGUUACAAUUUUCAAGCCGCUUGAAUUGCCACAAAAUGAUGCCUUUAGGGGGCACAGCCCCUGUCCAUUCAACUAAUGUGGCUCAACCGGCCCCAGCUACUAAUAACUCCUUGACGCCGACAGGAGGUUCUAAUAAAUCCAGCAGUAAUGUUAAACCCAAUUACACCCUUAAGUUCACGCUAGCGGGACACACUAAAGCAGUGUCGUCGGUUAAAUUUAGUCCAAAUGGGGAGUGGUUGGCCAGUUCUUCUGCGGAUAAGUUAAUUAAGAUAUGGGGCGCCUAUGAUGGCAAGUUUGAGAAAACAAUAUCAGGGCAUAAGCUAGGAAUAAGUGACGUGGCGUGGUCUAGCGAUAGUAGAUUACUAGUAUCAGCAAGUGAUGAUAAAACUCUCAAAAUCUGGGAGUUAUCAUCUGGGAAAUGUUUGAAAACGUUAAAGGGCCACAGCAAUUAUGUUUUUUGCUGUAACUUUAACCCCCAAUCAAAUUUAAUCGUUUCUGGUUCUUUUGACGAAUCUGUGCGUAUUUGGGAUGUGAGGACUGGGAAGUGUCUAAAGACACUCCCAGCCCACUCAGACCCCGUCAGUGCGGUGCAUUUCAACAGGGACGGGUCUCUUAUUGUCAGUAGCAGCUAUGACGGGCUUUGUCGUAUUUGGGACACAGCGUCUGGGCAGUGUCUAAAGACACUAAUCGACGAUGAUAACCCCCCAGUAUCAUUUGUUAAAUUCUCGCCCAACGGCAAAUACAUCCUUGCUGCGACUUUAGACAACACUCUCAAACUCUGGGAUUAUGCAAAAGGCAAAUGUCUGAAAACAUAUUCAGGACAUAAAAAUGAAAAAUAUUGUAUUUUUGCAAACUUUUCCGUUACUGGUGGCAAAUGGAUCGUUAGCGGGUCUGAGGAUAAUUUGGUCUACAUCUGGAAUUUGCAAACAAAGGAAAUUGUACAAAAGUUGCAAGGACACACAGAUGUAGUAUUAUGUACGACUUGUCAUCCAACCGAAAAUAUAAUUGCUUCAGCUGCUCUUGAGCACGACAAGACCAUUAAAUUGUGGAAAAGUGAUACUUAAUCCUGUAUAUUAUGCUUCUGUUUUCUAUGAGAAAUAAUUUAUAUUUUUUUAUGAAUGGCUAUAAUUAUGUAAAUUUGAUUGAUUAAUGUUAGGUGGUAGGAGUAGCCACAACUAAUAAACUUUUGAAUUUUUUCAAA